ACUGCUGGCCAAAAAGGCCAGUCUUGUAUUAAAAAGAGAAAAAUCUGUCUAUUUCCAUGGUUUUAGGAGAUUGCUAAGAGAAAGCAAGAAUGGAAGCAUUGACCAUCGAUUUAGAAGACUUUGAAAACUCCGAAGCAGCCUCCUCUCCUGGGAUUUAUUGCAUCUCUUCUUUUGCAUCUAUCAUUCACUACUGAGACACACAUCGCUUCUCUCUUCUCCUUGUUCUUUUUCUACAGCUUGUUCUCUUUAACAAGAAAAAGAGAUUGACCCAGAUCAGUUUUAUAGCCAAGUUUGAUUCAAUAUUGAAGUAAUUGUUUGGUUGAUUUGCUGGAGACUCAGUUCAAGAUUAUACAAGGCUUUUAUAUUUUUGGUGAUUCUUGGAAGUUCCAAGAGUUCUUACUCUGCAUGUGGAGCGACUGAUUCAGGUCCUCGGUGAAAUCUGUCUUUGUGAGGACCAAAAACAAGUCUUUAGGCGGGCUACUUGAAUUCCGAUAGAGGAUUUAACUGGGGUUUGUGGAUAGUUUGGUUUGGAAACUGGUGAUUGUCUACAGAUGGCUGCGGUACAAGAUCAGCUAGAGAUCAAGUUUCGAUUAACUGACGGAUCGGAUAUUGGCCCCAAAACAUUUGCUGCUGCUACAAGUGUUGCAACCUUGAAGGAAAGUAUUCUUGCUCAGUGGCCAAAAGAGAAGGAGAAUGGUCCAAGGACAGUAAAAGAUGUCAAGUUAAUAAGUGCAGGGAAAAUACUGGAGAACAACAGAACAGUAGCAGAGUGUCGGAGUCCCCUAUGUGAUAUUCCUGGUGGAGUUACAACCAUGCAUGUAGUUGUUCAACCAUCUUCCUCUGAUAAAGAAAAGAAGUCAGCAAACCAAUCAAAGCAGAACAAAUGUGUGUGUGUUAUAUUAUAAUUACAACUCCAUGAGCGGGGACAACAUUCCGAGGCCAAGAGUUUGAAGCAGGUUUAGAUAAUGAAGCUGGUGGAAUUGCUGAUAAUGAGAGGCAAAGGCAUCAUACAAACUCGGUCGCGCUACGAUUCUUUUGGUAUAAAAUGAUUAAUGUUAAGUCUGAUUCAACUCUGCUUGUAUGCAACCGGAUCUUAGAUUUAUGUGUCGAGAAUUUCUCACAGGUGCAUGUUCUCAUAUUUUUACUUAAUAACUGUGUCACAUUGUCCUGUACCAUUCAUAGUUGCACAAUCUGAUUGAGUAUUCGAUUUCACGUCAUUGGUCAUUACUUUACCAAGUGGAAAGUCGAAGUAUCAAAAGCUUCCAACUGUGCGCUAGCAUAGAAUAAAAUUCUUUGCUUGUCAUGGAGAAAUAUAUUUGUGCACUUUUGAACAUUUUGAGAGAAAUUUAAUUUGAAGAGUCUUUGCUUUGGUUUUUUCACUA